AUGGGAUCGGGAUCGGGAUCGGGAUCGGCUGAUGACGACUCCCGUGCUACUGCAGGGCAACAUGUUAUUAGGGGAGAUAUUAAUGUAUUAUUAUUAGGUGAUCCAGGUCUAGGUAAAUCGCAAGCCCUACAGUAUGUAGCUCGUACAUUCCCUCGUAGUAUUCUUACAACAGGGAAAGGAGCAUCUGCUUGUGGUCUUACUGCAGGUGUUAGAAGAGAUGCAUAUACAGGUGAAUGGACCUUAGAAGGUGGUGCAUUAGUAUUAUCUGAUGAAGGAAUAUGUAUAAUAGAUGAAUUUGAUAAGAUGUCAAAUAAAGAUCGUGUAUCAAUUCAUGAGGCUAUGGAACAACAAACUAUUUCUAUUAGUAAAGCAGGAAUUAUUACUACUUUAUAUGCUAGAUGCUCUGUUAUUGCUGCUGCUAAUCCUAUUUUUGGUCGUUAUAUACCUUCUUAUACAUUUAGGGAGAACGUGAAUCUAUCGGAUCCAAUCUUAUCAAGAUUUGAUCUUGUUUGUGUAUUAAGAGAUAUACCUGAUGCUGAUGAGGAUUUUGCCUUAGCAUCUUAUGUAGUAACAAAUCAUCAACUACAUCAUCCAGCUGUCUCCGAACUGCAGCAGCAGCCAACAACUGUCUCCGAUCCGCAGCAGCAGCAGCAGCAGCAGCAGCAAAGGAUACAGCAACUAGAGGCACAAAUAAAAGCAACAGAAGCUCAUGAACCUAUUGAUCAAGAAUUACUACAAAAAUAUAUACUAUAUGCUAGACAUGUAGAGUCCCUUAUACGUAUAUCAGAGGCGAAUGCAAAAAUGCGACUGUCUCCUACAGUGUCUCCUCUUGAUGUUGAUUUUGCCAUCGCUGCAAUUUUAAAUUCUUUUAUUUCUUCGCAAACUUUUGCUGUACAACAAAAAUUAUCAAGAGAAUUUGCUAGGUAUACCGCAUUGGCUACAGGAGGAUGGGCAACACUUGCUGCGCUGCUCAGACGAUUGCUGCAGCAAAGGCUGCAGCGGGCUGCAUUGCUGCAGCAGCAACGGCAGCAACAGCAGCAGCAAACAGGCGGAGAAGCAGAUGCUGCUGAGCAGCUGCUGCAGCAGCAAGACAUCGAGAAAGCAAGAAAGGUCGACUUUACAGACUUCUUAAGAGAAGACAACUGCAAGCGUCUUGUCAGCAACAACUGGCGUAGAGAGACUCCAAGCCAAUCCACUGCAGCAUAA